AUGUCUGCCAUACAGAGCACGGUCGCCUCUGUCGAGCACAAACAGCUCCUUGACACGAUCGACAAGUGCCGCUCGCAGGGUGUCGCUCGAUGGAUCGAUCUACCACAAAUCAUCGUCUGCGGUGAUCAGUCCUCUGGUAAGAGCUCAUGUCUCGAGGCGAUUUGUGGACUCAAAUUCCCGACUGGCGACGGGUUGUGCACACGCUUUCCGACUGAGUACAUUCUUCGACGUUCGCCAGAUUCUGGUGUCACCAUCAGCAUCGUACCAUGUGCGGAAGGACCGGAGGCCGACAAGACUGGCCUGGAGAAGUUCAAAGCCUCCACGGACGAUCUUAACCAGUUUCCACAAAUCGUUCAAGAAGCCGCCAAAGCUAUGGGCAUCGACAACGACGUCAAAAAGUUCUCAAACGACGUCCUUCGCAUUGAGGUCAUGGGUCCCAAGCAAGACAACCUCACUUUGGUCGACUUGCCUGGACUGUUCCACUCAGCGAGCCGUACUCAGAGUGAGGGUGACAAGAAGAAUGUACGGAGACUCGUUGCUCCUUACAUCAAACGUCCCAGAUCAAUCAUCCUUGCUGUCGUCUCAGCCAAGAAUGACAUCAGCAAUCAAUACGUGCUUGAUUUCGCUCGGAAGUACGACUCAAAAGGUGCGAGGACUCUGGGUAUCAUCACAAAGCCCGACACACUUCCUGCGAGCUCUCCUAGUGAGCAAGCCUACCUGGACUUAGCUGAGAACCGCGAUGUCAAGUUCGCCUUGGGCUGGCACGUAUUACGGAACAGAUCGUACGAGGACAAUAAGUUGCAAACAUCGUUCGAAGAACGCGACCUAACCGAGCAGAUCUUCUUCAGCGAGGGCGCUUGGGCACACGUCAACGAAAAGAAGAAAGGGGUUCAGUCGCUCAAGAUUCGACUUAGCGGCAUACUCUGCGACCACAUCGCCAGUGAGCUCCCCGAUCUACUCGACGAAACCGAACGAGGUCUGAAGUCAUGCAAUGCUCGGCUGAAGGCACUCGGUGUCCCGCGCGGCACCAACGAUGAGCAGCGCAUGUACUUGCUGAAGGCCAGUCAACGAUAUGUGGCUCUCUUGUCAGCAGCCGUUGACGGGGUCUAUAGCGACCCGUAUUUCGGAAGCUCUCUCAGUGAAGAAGGCUACGACAAGCGUUUAUGCGCAAAGACCAUGAGUCUUCUCAAAGAAUUCGCUGAGUUCAUGCGUGCCAACGGACAUGCUAUUCAGCUCGUCGACAAGCUUCCACCAAAGUACUCACCGAGGCCAGGUCCGCCGCGUAAGAUGGAAAGAGAAGAGUACUACGACCAGGUCCAAAUGCGCAUGCGCCGGAAUGGCGGCAAGGAGCUCCCAGGGCUUUAUUCACCGAGCAUAGUUGCGGAUCUCUUCUACGAUCAAGCUGCUUCGUGGCCCAGUCUGGUCGAACAAGUCAGAACCAGGUUGGUGAUGCACGCACGAACAGCUAUCAUGUAUGUGUUGGAAGACUGCUUGGACGAGGCCACUGUUGAUGGUGUCUGUCACGAAUUUAUUGAUAGUGGCAUGAAUCAACUCGAGAAUGACCUGCGGACCAAGACCGACGAGGUUCUCAGGCCUCAUACCGGCAAAGAAGUCCUAACACUAGAUCGGAGCUUCAUCAAGAACAUCAUGGCAAAGAGGGAGGAGAAAGCACGCAAAGACAUCAGUCAACGCCUUCUGGAAUUUCUCAGAGUCGAUCCCAACGGCAGUAUGGAAGAUCGUCUCUAUAGGGGAGAGUUUGACGCACUUCAGCUUCUUGAUGUUCUCGUCAGACAGAGCGAGCCGGACACGGAACGGUUUGCUGCUGUCGACUGCGUUAAUGCUAUGGAAAGCUACUACACGGUGGCCCUCAAAGCUCUUAUCGACAACUUCAGUUUGUACGCUGUCAAGGCAUGCUUCUUGGACAAGGUGCAAGAUCUGUUUACGCCAGACAAGGUCCUGAAGUUGUCCAACAAGGAGGUUCAGCAUAUUGCGGGCGAGUCCGAUGAGACACUGGACGAGCGUGCCAUGUUGACCGAGAAGCUGGCUGCGCUGGAGGAGACUCGAUUGGCUCUAGUGGGGAUCGAGGGUCGUCGCUCACGCGCGAAGUCGGUCAAGCGCAAGCACUCCGAGUUGGAAGGCGAAGAGGCCUAG